UCGACACGGCGGAGAGCGUGGUGAUCGUGGCCUCUCAGAAGCGGGCGCUGGGGGGCCGGGAGCUGCAGCUGCCCUCCAUGUCCGUCCUCACCUCCAAAACCUCCACCCAGCGCUUCUUCCUCCGCGUCCUCCAGGUCAUCAUCCAGCUGCGCGACGACACCCGCCGGGCGCACAAAAAAGCCAAGCAGGCCGGUCGCCUGGGUGGCGGGGGCCUGGGGGCGGCUGGCAGCAUCCAAGCGGCCGUCCGGCAGCUGGAGGCCGAGGCCGACGCCAUCAUACAAAUGGUACGUGAGGGCCAGAGGGCCCGGAGGCGGCAGCAGGCAGACACGGUUAGCACGGCCGCCCUUCCUCCCCGCCCUCCUCAGCCUCCUCUUCCUCCUCCUCUUCCUCAUCCUCCUUCUUCUUCUCUUUCUCGGCCUCCUCUCCCCUCAUCCCGCUCCCUCCUCUCCAUGGCUUUCCUCCCUCUGCACCCUGCUCCUUCUC